AUGAAAUAUUUAUAUGUGGUUAUUGCUAUUUCAUGCGCUUUAUUAACCAAUACGAAUGCUUAUCAAUAUGACUUGGUUGAACCUAUUGAUAAACCUUUUGUGGAAAAUUACGAAUCCAAAGAAUUAAGUUUUUUAACUUUUGGUGAUUGGGGCUUCGCAGGAGUUGAAGUGGGACAGGAGAUAGGAAAUCAAACUAAAGUUGCCAAAGCAAUGACAAAAUGGAGUGGACAAUAUAAUAGUAAUUUUGUCUUAAGCGUUGGCGAUAACUUUUAUAUUAAUUUUGUUGGAGAUCAUGAAGGAGUUUCAAGUAUUUAUGACACAAAAUGGGAUAAAGUCUGGAAGAAUGCAUAUCAAGGAAGAUUAGCCAAGAUUCCUUGGUACAUUGUAGCCGGAAAUCAUGAUUGGUACGGCAAUAUUACAGCUCAGAUUGAUUAUAGCUUGAAUUAUGACUCUCGAUACUUCUUCCCAUCUGCAUAUUUUGUUCGUGAAUCAUAUUUUG